AUGGCUGCCGCCCUGAGAUUCACCCACCGACCUAUCCUCCCCUCCUCAACCCAGACCCCAAACCCCACGAUCCUCACCCACACCACAAUCUCCCCAGCCGGAUCGAGCCUCAUCACAGCCAGCCGUCUCUCCUCGAUGACAAAUAUCGUCGGCUUGGGCCUAAGAGCAGUCUCACACACCACGAUCUACAUCAACCCGACCCCCUCGGCCACUGCUUCCUCAGCCCUUGAGGAGCCCACGCACCGAGAACCUGUCUACGGUGACCUCACCUGGUCCUACGUCACCCUCCUUUGCGUCCCCUUCAUCUUCCUCGCCUUUGGUCUGUACACCAACUACCGCGACCGCCGCCGCCGCGACGCCGAGCAGGACAUCGAGAUGCAGCCCUACCAGAAGUACUGGUUCCCCUGGCGCGAGCUUGAUCCGGGCGAGGUGCCCAACGAGGUGAGUAGAUCCACUGAUGCCCCCCUCUCCAUCGCCGCCGAUGGUGCACCCAAAAUACCUCCCACUCGCAGCCUCCACGAGGCGGAGCGCCAACACGCGUGGCGCCCUUCAGACGAGACGCCCUUGCUCCCUGUAACCCUCUACAACAAUCCUCCCUCAUGGGGACGCCGCCACUCAUGGUGGGACAUCGCGGCAUACCCGUCCUAUCCAACCCCUCUGAUGCCCAAACGUGAAAGACAAGCAGCAGCCGCUAAACAUUACGGCAACCAGAUCUACGGUCGAACCGGAUCCCGCCGCAACGCGGGCCCAGAGGAGUCCACCGAGGACCUCACCAUCGCCGCCGGCACAGACGCGGACGAUAACGACUCCACCGCCGCGACGACGGGCCGCGCCUCCCCAGACAUUGGCCUCGAGAACAACAACCGCAACGGCAGUAACACCAACACCCCGAGCCCGAACCCCUGGACCACCCACAUCCCCUCCUACUACGGCAAGUUCCCCUUGCCCGUGUCCCCCGUCUCCGCCACCGCGGGCGGGGCGCAGACACAGAACGAGGUUCAGCCGACCGCCGACCGCCAAACCGACCGCCGCCGCAACCGCUUCGACUUCCACUCCGACGAGGACGAGGCUGACGGCCAGCCCGCCGAGCCGCAGCACUCCUACUACGCCGACCCCAGCACCCGAGCCGGCAAGCAGCCCGCCGAGCCCUAG